UCAUCAUUCCAGGUGGGUGGGUGGGCAAGUGCAUCACUAGUUGACACGACAGGUAGUUUCGUCAUCAUUAUUUGUAUGCUCUGUGCAUCGUACUAUGACGUCAGUUAACAAGAAUGGAAUACAAUAUCAAAUAAGUAGUGAAGAGUUGGCUAACCAUUAUUUUAAACACAUUAAUAUUUGCCGGUGUGACACACAAAAGUGUCAAUUAAUUGGAAGAGACAGUCAGUCGAAGAGGAACGUUCCACCAAUGUUGAAGAAAAUACUGCAGAAUGAUGUACAGCUUACAAAGAAACUUGUUGAAUCUGCAACAAGGGUUACAUGGACAAGAUCACUACGCAAUCAUUCAAAACUAUUUGAGGUGUCUUGCCAUGGCAUUGUGUGGUUGGCAGCCUGGCUCACAUUUAUCUGGUUAUUUAACAAGCCAGACCUCUAUCAGUUGCAAGUUAAUAUGCUCAUAGCACUCAUCUUGGACAUCAUAGUCAUAGCUGUACUGAAGGCAUUUGUCCGUCGCCGGCGACCGGUGCCUAUGAACAAGCUGCUAGAAGUUGGACCAGACAAGUUUUCCUUCCCGUCUGGACAUGCAAGCCGAGCCUGUAUGGUGGCUACUAUCCUUAUAUUUAAUGAAAUUCCCAUCUUCUGUCUCCCACCUCUUCUUGCAUGGGUAACUACAGUGUGUCUCACUAGAGUACUGGCUGAAAGGCACUACAUUUUGGAUGUAUUAUGUGGUAUGGUGAUCGGUAUCCAAGAAGGUUUACUAAUCUAUGUGCUGUGGCUGUCCCAGAGCACCUGUGCCUAUGUUAUAAGUUCCUUAUCUGAUGAGAAGAUUGAUGGAGGAGAAUAUCAUGUGUGAUUGUAUUUUAGUCCUACUUUUAAAUAAAAUCCCUUAGAUUUAUAAGUCUAUGAUCAAACCAAAUAAUCCAAGGCCAAGGCUAUUUAUAUGGCAACACUUUCCAUCAACUAUCAGUGUUUGCCACAAACAAUUAAUAUGUUGUUUUAAUUUUAAAAUUUAUUUAUGUAUUGUUUUAACAUGAAAUUCCUAUGAAUGAAUAAAGUCGAUUACUUAGAUUAUUUAUAAAUGUGUUUUUGCAUCUUUAUAUUACGUAAAAAAAUGUUAUUGUCAUAAUAUACAUACUUACCUACCUUAAUAUACAUAACACAUUUCGAUACCUGUGAUGAGGAUUUACCUACACAUUAUAAGUAGUAGAACUUAUUUUAUAAUAUCUGAUAAUCGUGUGUUUAAGUUAAAGGAGUGAGCUUAUAAUAUACAUAUUCAUGUAAUGAAUAAAUGUGAUUAGCUACUA